AUCCACUGUUCAAUAUUUAUCAAUCAUUUUUUUUCUAUGCGAGUAAUUAAUCAAUGAUAUUUAAUAUUGAGUCUCCAGAAAAGUCUUUCCAAUUUCAUAAGAACUCAUUUAGUUCAAGAUAUUUUUCAGAAAUAAUUUCUUUUUACUAACAUCAGAACGAUUUAAGAGUUUUUUAUCAGUUAUGAUGUGAAAUAAAUGUACAGCAAUCGAUAUUCAUAUAUAUAUAUAUAUAUGCAACAAUUAUGUAUAUGUCUAGUCAUUGAUUUUGUUCAAAAGAGAUUAAUUGUCAACGUGUUUAACAUCUCAAUUAAAUCUAUUUUUGAUUAAAAAUGCAAUAAACUUAUAAAAAUAUUAGUAAUUUUUCAGUUAUGUAGCUAAAAUUUGUACAUAUUCAGCAAAUUAACUUUCAACAUUGGAUCAAAUUUAAAAAAAGAAUGACUUUUAAAUCAAUUUUGAUGUCUAUAUGAAGUAUUCCAGUGAAAAUAUUUUCUUGUGAAUAUUUCAACUAAGUAGAUUUUAUUACCGAAUAGUAUUUAUCUUUCAUAUAUACAAUAAAAAAUGUUACAUCAUUUUUGCGUACAACAAAAAACUUAUCAUGACGAAUGAUUAAUAAUGUAUUUGGUUGUUAUAGUUUUAUGGUGCUUAUCCACUCACUUGUUAUGGCAGACAUAUAUAAAUGAUUAAUACCCAAUGAUUUGCAAGAUUACAUGUGAGGUACUUACAAAAAUAUACAACAAGAAGCACUCGAUACACUCAAUUUUUUUAUGAGUUUCUAUUUUUCUUUUUUAUCAGUAAUAGUAGUGUAGGCGGACGCUUUGAAGCCUUUAAAUUGCUUUUACAUAGUGGAAUAAUAUCACAAUCUCAAAAAAAAAUAACUACGAAUAUUUUACAUUUACAUUGUGACAAUAUGGCAAUAAAUACUCGAUUAUUAUCCAUUACAGCCGGAUCUCUUUUAUGCUUAAGUUUUAUAUUUUUCAUUGUUAGCAAUGCAGUUCCAAUUUGGUAUGUAAAAAUUUUCAUCACUUGAUUUUGAUACAAAUUAAUAUAAAAAUUAUUUCAUAAUUAAAUAUAUUUAAAAAAAAUAAAUCUUGUGUUUUAUAUCUCUUAGGAGUAAAUUUACAUAUGAAUCUACAGAAAUCACAACUGGUCUUUGGCGUAUCUGUAGUAGUGCUCCGAAUAUAAAGACAUGCGUUGCUAUAUCGUGCCCGUCGGAAAGCGACGAAACUAGUUUUUGCAGUAAAAUUUUAACUGCUAGAGCUUUUGUUACUCUAGCUUGUAUUCUGUCUGGUAUUUCUGCAAUAUGCCUUGUAGUAUAUGCAAUACAAGGUGACAAAACACCCCGAAUAUUACUCUUAGCAACCAAAGGUCUUGUUUUUGCUUGUCUUAUUAUGGGAAUUAUUGGUGUUGCGGUUGGUAUCAAUGCUACUGUUAGCGGAGACAGUUUAAUUAAAUUAGAUUUCGGUGCUGCUGCGAUUAUAGGAAUUGUUGCAAUUAUUAUUAACUUCAUUGGUGCUAUUAUAACGGCAUUAAUCAGACCAUAG